AUGGUGGACGCGGGCGGUCGCUCUGCCGCCGAAGGCUGGAGGAGGAUGGAGGCGCCCCCGGAGGGCACCGACCUGGUGCCGCUGGACCGCUACGACGCGGCGCGGGCCAAGAUCGCCGCCAACCUGCAGUGGAUCUGUGCGAAGGCCUAUGGCCUAGACAACAUCCCUGAGGAUCUCCGAGACCCGUUUUAUAUCGACCAGUAUGAGCAGGAACACAUUAAGCCACCCGUUAUAAAGCUUCUCCUGUCCAGUGAGCUGUAUUGCCGUGUCUGCAGCCUCAUCCUAAAAGGGGACCAGGUGGCUACCUUGCAAGGACACCAGUCUGUCAUCCAGGCCCUGUCCCGGAAGGGCAUCUAUGUGAUGGAGAGUGACGAUACCCCUGUGACAGAUGCUGACCUCAGCCAGGCACCUAUUAAGAUGAGUGGCCACAUGGCGAUGGUGGAUGCCCUGAUGAUGGCCUACACCGUGGAGAUGAUCAGCAUUGAGAAGGUGGUGGCCAGCGUCAAGCGCUUUUCUACAUUCAGCGCCUCAAAAGAGCUUCCUUAUGACCUCGAGGAUGCCAUGGUAUUCUGGAUCAAUAAGGUAAAUCUUAAAAUGAGAGAGAUAACAGAGAAAGAAGUUAAAUUAAAACAGCAGCCACUGGAAAGUCCUGCUCAUCAAAAGGUCCGCUAUCGGCGAGAGCACCUCUCUGCUAGGCAGUCACCCUACUUCCCGUUGUUGGAGGACUUGAUGAGAGACGGCAGUGAUGGCGCUGCUCUUUUAGCAGUGGUUCACUAUUAUUGCCCAGAGCAGAUGAAACUGGAUGAUAUUUGCCUGAAGGAGGUGCCAUCGAUGGCUGACAGCCUGUAUAACAUCCGGCUUCUGAGGGAGUUUUCCAACGAGCAUCUGAACAAGUGUUUCUAUCUCACCCUGGAGGAUAUGCUGUACGCUCCCCUAGUGCUGAAGCCGAACGUUAUGGUUUUUAUCGCCGAGCUCUUCUGGUGGUUUGAGAAUGUCAAACCAGAUUUUGUUCAGCCCCGAGAUAUUCAAGAGCUGAAGGAUGCUAAAACAGUGUUACAGCAGAAGAGCAGCCGACCUCCUGUCCCGAUCUCCAAUGCAACCAAACGCAGCUUCCUGGGUAGCCCUGCUGCCAUGAGCCCCGCUGACCUGCCACCACCCACCCAGCCUCUCACUGAAGGCAGUCAUCGGUACCACCUCCACUCGGAAGAACCUGAGUAUCAGCGACACAGAUCGAAUUCCUUAACUCGGGUUGAUGGUCAGCCACGAGGUGCAGCAGUAGCAUGGCCAGAUAAAAAAACCAGGCCCGUGUCACAGCCAACACCGUUUGCUCUCCAUCAUGCUGCAAGUUGUGAUGUGGACCCCAGUUCUGGUGACAGUGUCAGCUUAGCCCGCUCUAUCAGCAAGGAUAGCUUGGCAUCUAAUGUUAUCCACCUGACCCCACAGAACCAACCCCAUUCUUCAGCUGGAAAGACCAAUGGGAAAAGCCUCCUGAGCAAUGUCAACAUUGAGGAUGAGGAGGAGGAACUUGUAGCCAUCAUCAGGACAGAUGUGUCUCCUCGUUCCCCAGAGAUUCCCAGGAUCUCACCUCAGGCCCCAGGCCUGGUGGCAACUGUCAGGUCUCCCCAGAGACAGGCAGACACUCUGGAGAGUAAGCCUGACAGUUUUUACUUAGAGCCCCUGAUGCCAGCAGUCCUCCGGCCAGCCAAAGAGAAGCAGAUUAUCACUAAGGAAGAUGAGCGUGGAGAAGGGAGAUCAAGGACCAUCAUGGCCAAGAGGCCUAGUGAGGGCUCCCAGCCUAUGGUACGGAAGAAAGCAACUGGUAGCCAUGGCAGUCGUGACCUUAACAGAACUUUUACCCCAAUUCCUUGUUCAGAAUUUACUGCGAGUAUUGAUCCUGCAGAGGUAGGACCACAGUCAGCAGAAGUUACAGGGGAAGGACAGCCUCUGACCCUGGGUAGAUUUGAUCCAUUACCUCAGGGGCAGGCUGCUGAUGGUUUCUUUCUUCAUGUAGGCAGGGCUGAGGAAGAUGAGGGGAGGUGGUAUGUUGGUUCACAGAGUCCCAGCUCCCAUGACUCAGAACCCUGGACCAUCCUGAGGCAGGACUCAGACUCUGAUGUGGCGGAUGUAGAGGAUACCGAGCAGGAUUUUAUUGGUGAGGACCAUCCUGUGGUUAUCCCCAGAUAUGCUGGUGAGGAAGAGUCAGCCAAAUUACAAGAGGAUAUGAAAGUGAAGGAACACGAAGACAAAGAUGAUGCCAGUGGCCGCUCAAGCCCUUGUCUGAGCACGACUUCUCAGCUCAGCAGCAUGUCCAUGGCAAGCGGAAGUGUGAAGAUGACCAGUUUUGCUGAAAGGAAGCUCCAGCGGCUCAACAGCUGUGAGACCAAGUCCAGCACCAGCAGCUCCCAGAAGACCACCCCAGAUGCAUCGGAAAGCUGCCCAGCCCCUCUGACAACAUGGCGCCAGAAGAGAGAGCAGAGCCCAGGCAGGCACAGUAAGGACCCUGCCAGCUUGCUGGCUUCUGAGCUGGUGCAGCUGCACAUGCAGCUGGAGGAAAAGCGCAGAGCCAUUGAAGCCCAGAAGAAAAAGAUGGAGGCACUCUCUGCACGGCAGCGUCUCAAGCUGGGCAAGGCAGCCUUUCUGCACGUGGUAAAGAAAGGGAAGGCUGAUGGGGCCCCACAGCCACUGAGACCCGAACACUUCAUGAAGGAAUUCACACAGCACAAUGGGGAGGACUUGGAUGAUGGCACUUGUAAAACUGAAGAGUUCCUUGUCAAAGAAGAACAGAGAGAUCUCAGUGACUCUCAGGAUGUGGCAUUUGUCCAUCUACAUAAACCCAGGGACCCAGCUACUCUGCAUGAUGGAGAGAAGCACAGAGUCAUUGCUGCUGCUCUCCUGGAGGACAGUGUUGGUGAGGUAGAUGUGACUGAGUGUGACUUGUCCAUUGAGAAACUUAAUGAGACCAUCAGUACACUGCAGCAGGCUAUACUGAAGAUCUCCCAGCAGCAAGAGCAGCUUCUCAUGAAGUCCCCCACAGUGCCAACACCAGGCACUAAGAAUAACUGCCAGGACCAAAAAGUAAAGGCCCCAGUCCACUUUGUUGAGCCACUCUCUCCAACUGGUGUGCCUGGCCACCGCAAACCCCCACGGCUUGGCCAGGGCCGGAAUUCCCGCUCAGGAAGGCCAGCUGAACUGAAGGUUCCAAAAGACAGGCAGCAGGGUUGUUCUCGGAGCAAAACUCCAACACCCAGUGUGGAGGCACUCCCACAUUCAAGGUCUUUACCCCCAAGUACCCAUCCACGGUCACCCUCCGACCCUGGUGGGGAACUCCCUGAGAAGUGUCUCUUUGACAGUUAUAGACUCCAUGAUGAGAGUAACCAUCGGACACUUGUUCUGUCCUCUUGCAAAGAUGCAAACAUUAUCUCAGAGCAGAUGAACUUUAAAGAGGGUCUGGAUACAAGUGUAAAAGAGGCAGGGCUGAGUGCCUCUGCUGUCACAGGCAAAGAACACACUCUGAUGGAGGAGCCGCUGAGGAGCAAGGCCAGCCUCAUUGAGGUGGACCUCUCUGACCUGAAGGCCCCUGAUGAGGAUGGAGAGGUGAUUGGUCAUGAGAGCUCGGUAGAGCUUGGUGGAGAUAGUGACCAGAAGCCUGGGGUUGGUUUCUUCUUCAAGGAUGAACAGAAAGCAGAAGAUGAGCUUGCUAAGAAGCGAGCAGCUUUCCUUCUGAAACAGCAGCGCAAGGCUGAAGAGGCUCGUGCACGCAAGCAGCAGCUGGAGGCAGAAGUGGAGCUCAAGCGAGAUGAAGCCCGGCGUAAGGCUGAAGAGGAUCGACUCCGGAAGGAGGAGGAGAAGGCAAGGCGAGAGCUCAUUAAACAGGAGUACUUGCGGAGGAAGCAGCAGCAGGCCCUGGAGGAGCAAGGACUUGGCAAACCUAAAUCAAAGCCUAAAAAGCCUCGGCCAAAGUCAGUUCACCGGGAAGAGUCUUGUAGUGACUCUGGCACCAAGUGCUCUUCCACCCAUAACUUGAGCCAAACUCACUCUGGCUCCAGCCUAUCGUUGGCAUCUGCAGCAACAACAGAGCCUGAGAGUGUUCAUUCGGGGGGCACACCUUCUCACCGAGUUGAAUCACUGGAAGCCUUACCUAUCCUGAGCCGCAACCCCAGUCGGAGCACAGACCGAGACUGGGAGACUGCAUCGGCAGCUUCCUCUUUGGCCUCUGUGGCCGAGUAUACAGGUCCUAAACUCUUUAAGGAGCCCAGUAGCAAAUCAAACAAACCAAUUAUUCACAAUGCUAUCUCCCACUGCUGUCUGGCUGGAAAAGUGAAUGAACCUCACAAGAAUUCAAUAUUGGAGGAGCUGGAGAAGUGUGAUGCCAACCACUACAUCAUUCUGUUCCGAGAUGCGGGCUGCCAGUUCAGGGCACUUUACUGCUACCAACCUGAUACUGAAGAAAUCUACAAACUCACUGGCACGGGGCCAAAGAGCAUCACCAAGAAGAUGAUUGACAAACUGUAUAAAUACAGCUCAGACCGAAAGCAGUUUAACCUGAUCCCAGCCAAGACCAUGUCAGUCAGUGUGGAUGCACUCACGAUCCAUAACCACUUGUGGCAGCCCAAGCGACCCACAGUGCCAAAGAAGACCCAGACUCGUAAGUGACCACGGCAGUCAGGACUCUGAGAGGAUGUGCUGACAGGAUCCCCAUUUAUUAUUUUCAUCCAUUUUGGUACGAAGUAUGAUGAGUCACGGACAGUUUUCUACAGAGGUUGCUAGAGAACAGAGAAGAUCCUCUCACCACUGAUUGCACACAUGGAUGCUGGGCACUGCGUAUCCAGGAGUGAGUCCUGUGCUUUCAUGGGCAUGGCUGCUGUGGCCCACUGACCACUGAGAUCCUCAGAAUAAGGGACACCAUGGAGUGAUCUGGGCUGUGGGCCCCUCACUUGAAGUUCUUCAGGAUAAAUUAAAUGUGAUCUGCUCUCUGGCCUCCUUCACCCGGUGCAUACUGCCUGAUGCCCCAUGUUGGCCAGCUGUAAUCGUGCGUGAUUAUAGGGCCGAGGCUUGUUCGGGUCAGGGUGUUUGAAUGUCUUCAUAAAAGGAGUUCGUAUGGGAAAUCUUUUUCAUUUUAGAAAUUGUAUGAUAUUUAUUGACUAUGUCUACUGCCAACCUUUAUAUCCAGUUCUAAGAUUUCUGAAAAAAACAAACAAAAAAAAACAAAACAAAACAAAAAACAAACAAAAAAAACAAACCUGUUCCUUGCUGCUCAGAAAAAGUUUACUGAAAAUGUCAAUUCACUAAAAGCACUGAAAUCGGCAAAAUUUGUGUUCUGCUAAAAUGACGUUUACAUAUUUGGAGUGAGUAUUUCUGCCACACAAUCAGAAGGGUUGUGGGUACUGCUAGCUGAUGCUGGCCUCAUUGGAAGCCGGCAGCUAAGCUGGCUUUAGCCACCACUGGUUAGGUCUAGGCAAUGUGCUGGUAUGUUCACUUUAAUAAAGGCAGAUUUUGGUAUAGUAGCAUACGUUCCACCCUUGGCUGCCGGCUCCUUCGUGGUGUUGUGAUGGCCUGGCUUGCCUACCAUAUAGUUCUUGCUUCUGGAGGAACAGCAUGCUCGGUGCCGUGUGCUGUCUAAGGUGAGGUUGGUAAUUCUGCAUUUUGCCUCUUUUAAAACGUGGUGGUUAUUUGCAGUUAUUUCAGAAUGGGGUAGCUGCUUCAGGUCUCUUCCCCACUGGUCCCUGUGGCAGCUGUCUGCUUCAGAACAGGCGUUCCUGGGGAGCAGAGGUGCCCCAGCGAUGAGCCAGCUGUUCGAAGACCCUGGAGCCACUUGUAGUUUUGCACAUUUCCUUUUGAGAGUGUUACUUGAAUCUGUCUCAACUGCAGGAGAGAAUUGAAGAGAACAGAGGGAACUCAGACGUCUCAGUGUUAGCACUGGCCGUGUCAGGCAGACGGGAAUGGAGCAUGGGACAGAAGGCUGGAGGGGUGGGGUGAGGUGAGGUGAGGUCUGGUCUUCUCUUCCUUUGUGACUGUAUCCAGUCAGGAGUGGCAGGCGCUGUGCUGUAUGAGCAGUAAAGUCUGUGACCGCCUGUCACCGGCUGCCCUGUGUGUUUUCAUUUCUCACUGUGCACUUGAUGUUACCAUAUUUAUUUUAAGAGAGCACUACAAUGUAAUAAAGUAACGAGCUGGCUUUCUGUUAACUGUGUGGUUGUCACAACUCCUUCUCCUGACAGUGUCGCGCAGCUCCUGGCUUCAGGGCACUGCACAUGACUUUCAUGUUACCUAGGAAUUUGUUUUUCAUGAAGAAUUGGAAGACCCGGUGUAGAGCAGAAAGUUACAUUUCUGCUCCACUUCUGAUGUGGUGAGUUAGCACGUGGCCUGUCUUGAAGGCUGUCUCAAGCGCAGGCUGUGGAAGCCAUGUGGCUUGAUGGCUUAGAAUCACCCAUGCCUUCUGUGUGCCCUGGCACAGCAGUAGUUUUUAUUAGGAAGUUUACGGUACAGGACUUAGCAAUGGUGAUCUGGAGUCUCCAGGGUGUGGAUACUUUGUCUCAACCAGCUGUGCUGGGAAGACUGCUCAUUUAGCCUCUCAGGCAGAAAGUGUCAAGUAAUUCAGUACAUGACAGUUCAUGUGGGUCAUUCCUUAGUAAUGACAGACUCCAAGGAGCCCAGAUUGGUUGGCAUUAAAAAUAUUUUUCAGAAAUAAAUGUGCAGACAGGAUAUUAGGGGGCUAAUACAUACACCUGUAUGUGUGUGUAGACAUGGGAUAUACCUAUAUGUGCAUAUAUGAGUAUAUGCACAUGAAUGUGUGUAGAUGGCCUGUGUACAUAUGUGUGUAUGCAUGCCAAAGAUACCAUUUCUAGUGUGACCUUUUGACCUGGUAUUCUAGGUGUGUUCCUGCAAUACAAUCUCCAGUCAAACUUUUCAGGCCUAGACUACUUCAGGCAAUAUUGAAAAGUGACAUAGUACAAAAUAUACUUCUAGAUUGUUUGAAACUGUGGUUGUUAUUUUGAAGAAGAAAGUGUUAAAGUAAAUUUUUCUUGUUGAAAGUUAAUCAACUUGGGUAAACCUUUAUAGAUUGGUGCUGGUUUACCUAGUGAAAUGGCUUUGAUCUUGGUGACCUGACCCUAUUGGUGGUUUCAUUUUAUGGUUACCUGUGUCCAGUGUCACAUGUGUAAAGCCAGUACUAUCUCCUGCAUUAUGUUUGUGGCCAAGUCACAAGCCCCACUGGGAAGCAGCCAUGCCCAGCAUCCUCCUGUUUCUCACUGAUUCCUUGGCAAUAAACUUGUACCUUGCAGGCUCAGGGUCUCCCUGGUGUCUGAGGUGCACUCUGGUGCUUCUGCUAUCUGGUGUCACUGGUGUUCUGAGCUCUGUGCUGCUGUGAUACAUGAAAAUCAUAAUAAAAACCAUGACCAAAUGCAA